AUGUCGUGGUCUUCCCCGGAAAGCAUGCUCUUCGUCGGAGCAUCGGCCGUUGCCAGCGCUGCUCUAGCCUGGGCAACGUGGACGUUGCUCGACGAGUUCAAGUACGACAAACGCCCUUCGGAAACAAACUACAACGAACUCAUCGGCGUCAAGCCCCUGGACGCCACCGGCAGCCUCAGGACCUUGGAUGCUACCACGACCGACCCCGUCAUCGGCCGCGACGACGAGAUUGACCGCGUCGUCUGCAUCCUCUGCCGGCGCACGAAGAACUGCGCCGCGCUCGUCGGCGCCGCGGGGGUCGGCAAGACGGCCAUCGUUGAGGGCCUCGCACAGCGCAUCGCGGCCGGGAACGUCCCCGAGACGCUUGUCGGCGCACGCAUAGUGGAGGUUGACAUGGGGGCCAUGAUGGCCGGGACGCACUGGCGCGGCAUGUUUGAGCAGCGCAUCAAAGACGCCAUCAAGGAGGCAGAGGAGGCGGAAGGCAAGGUCAUCUUGUUCAUCGACGAGAUGCACAUGGUCGUUGGCGCCGGCGGGCACAAGGGAGGCCCCAUAGACGCCGCCAACAUCCUCAAGCCGGCACUGGCCCGCGGCCGCAUCCGUUGCGUGGGCGCCACGACCUCCGAAGAGUAUCAAAAAUAUGUUCAGACAGAUGCCGCACUUGAGCGGCGGUUCCAGAAGGUUGUCGUCGAGGAGCCAAGUGUGCAUGCAACCGUUGCCAUCCUGCGAGGGCUGAAGCCAAGGUACCAAGAACACCAUGGCCUGAAAAUCCAGGACGAUGCUCUUGUAGCCGCUGCACAUCUCGCUGCCCGCUACAUUACUGGCCGCAAAUUCCCUGAUAAAGCAAUUGAUCUUAUGGAUGAGGCAUGCGCUACAAUAAAGAUGCACGCCGACAAACAAACGACCCUGGAAAUUGUUGUUGGCCCUGGACAUGUAGCACGGGUUGUGAGCCGAUGGACUAAAAUCCCUCUCGCUACACUUGACCAAGAGGAGAACGAGAAGUUGAUCCACCUUGCGAAAAAAUUGCAUGAGCGUGUUAUUGGCCAGGAUGAAGCUGUUAAUUUGGUUGCGCAAGCAGUCCUACGUUCUAGGCUCGGAUUUGGACAAAUCGGACAACCAAUAAGUGCAUUCCUCUUUUUGGGCCCGAUUGGCGUCGGAAAGACAGAACUUGCUAAAGCCCUCGCUGAGAAGAUAUUUGACAACGAGGAGGCAUUGAUUCGCUUUGAUAUGUCGGAAUAUGCUGAUAGUGGAUCUGUGUCACGUCUCACCGGAGGAUCUCGAAGCUAUGAAGAAUAUGGACAACUCACCGAGAAAGUCAAGAGGCUCCCAUAUAGUGUUAUCCUUUUCGACCAAGUGGAUAAAGCAAAUGCCUCGGUAUUCAAGGUUUUUCACCAGCUGCUCGACGAUGCUAUGUUGACCGAUGGCAAAGGGCAAGUUGUAGAUUUCAAGAACACUAUCGUCAUUAUGACCUCAAAUAUAGGAGCAGAGCACCUACCGUCGAGAAUUAUGGGCGAAAAUACAAUCAAAUCUGGAAGAGAUCUCCUCAUGAAUCAGGUCAAGAAGCGCUUCAAGCCUGAACUUAUCAAUAGACUAAAUAAGGUUGUGAUAUUCGAGCCACUUUCACACGAUGAAUUGAGGAAGAUUGUGAAAAUCCAGAUAAAUAAUGUCAUUUCGACAGUAGCUUCCAAGGGUGUCGCUGUACAUGCAACUGAUGCGGCCCUAGACGUCAUCCUGUCAGAAUCACAUGACCCGGUGGACGGCGCAAGGCCCAUUAGAAGGUGGGUGCAGAAUCACGUGACCACGAUUCUCUCGGACAUGCUGGUCGACGGAGAAGCCUGUGCUGGCUCGACAAUCUCCAUCGAUGCUGCCGCUGACGAUAAGAGGGGGCUAACGUUCCAAGUGCUGAAGAAGCAGCAGGAGUUGGCAGAUCAAUGA